CCUUCCUCUGGCGCUGGGUUGUUUUUGCCCGGAAGCCUUUGAGUUUCUGGGGUUUUGAUGCUUGAGCUGCCGGGCUUCCCGGCCAUUCAAGCAUGUUGAAGUCGGCCUGUGCUCCCUCCUCCGACGACCCUUCCGGAUUUGGCGGUGGUCCCCUCCAUCCAGCAGCUUCUAUCGGUGGCGAUGAACGCGGGGGAUCCCAGAUCUGGCAACCUCGCGACCCACCUGCUGCCUCUAGGGAUCGGCCUCCGCCUGAUCGGGUCUCCGCAUCGGCAUCCUAGAGCCUGACGCACCUUCCACAUGAGUAGAUUGAAGGGUGUCCCGUUUGGAUUGCUCGACCGAAGGCCGCUGUAUAGCUACGCCCUUAGUGGUAGUUCGAGUGUCAUGUGCACCUCCCUUCGACCUCUAGAAAUGGGUCUACUCUAAUUUCUUGCUCCUGUUAUAAUUUUACUGUUUAUUAUUCCUGUAGAUGCCGUAUGGCGGUAUUUGAAAUGAACCAAUUUCAUUCUG